AUGGAUACAAAUUUCUGGACACCUCAGUUGAUUCUCAACACCUUUGUGGCAGUCACUGGCGGUUUCCAAUAUGGUUACCACUUGUCCGAGUUGAACUCGCCUCAACAAGCUAUAUCUUGUCAGGUUCCUCCCCCUGCCGGCUCUUCUCCGAGUUGGUUUGAGAAUCAUGGGUUCAAACAAUGUAUUCCGUUAAGUGACCUGUAUAUUGGUUUGGUUACUUCACUUUACCCUAUAGGUGGUCUAGUUGGGUCAGGGGUCGCCAGUUUUAUCAGUGAUAGGUACGGCAGAAAGAAUGUUAAUUUAAUUAAUGCCAUUAUGUUCUUCAUCGGGUCAAUAUUAGAGACAUUUGCUAAUGAAAAAUCCCAAUUAUGUAUUGGCAGAUUUAUCUCUGGUAUAGCUGCUGGGUGCACAUUGGUUAAUAGCCCUUUAAUGUUGAAUGAGAUUGCCUAUGAUGAGAUUAAAGGUAUGAUGGGCACUAUGAAUCAAGUAUUUACAAAUACUGGUAUUCUAUUUACGCAGUUCAUUGCCAUCUGGUUGGCAAAUGGUCGACAAUGGAGAUACAUUUUGUUGACAGGCGCAUGUGUUGCUGCUUUUAAUAUUUUGGUUAGUUUUUUGGCUGUUGAAACCCCUAAAUGGUUGAUCAAAAAUAACCAGCCAGAAUUGGCAGAGCGGCACCUAACCUAUCUACGUCCAAAGAAAAGGUUUAGUGCUAGUGAUAUUAAAGGCGAAAUCAACGAAUGGAUAGUAGAAAUUGGGCUGAUUGAGAAUUCUACAUCUAAUGUCAGUCCAGAUGAGCCAGCCGAAGCUCCAGUGAACAAAAGCAUUCCUCUUUGGAAGUAUAUCACGAGCAGCGAAUAUAAUAAAUCGAAAAUGGUGGCAACAAUUAUUUUGGCAGCCCAGCAGUUGAGUGGGAUUCCGGCCAUAUUCUUUUAUGGGAAUAGCAUUGUUUCGACAGUCUUACCUCAAUACUCUGUGCUUCUUAACUGUAUGUUAUCUCUCACAAAUAUUGUGUUCACUAUGGUUGCAGGUCUUCUUAUUGACAGAGUCGGUCGGAAGGUGUUGUUGAUGGCUUCAAAUAUCUUCAUGUUCGUUAGCGCAGUGCUAAUGGCUGUUGGUAUAGUGAAGAACAUCAUGGUUUUGGCAGUCGUUAUGGUGUUCUUAUUUGUCAGUUUCUUUGCCAUUGGUAUGGGUCCGAUCCCAUUCUUAAUUGUUGCUGAAGUGACCCAAUUGAAUGCAACCACUGCAGCUCAGAGUUAUGGUACCGCCAUGAAUUGGAUUGUCACGGUUGUCAUUGGCUAUGUCUUCCCAAUCGUGAAGUCUGCUAUUGGCGGAUAUGUUUUUUUGAUCUUUGCCGGUUUUUUGGCGAUCACUAUUGUUUUAGUGGGACUUUUAUUCCCUGAAACCAAGGGGAAAAGGACAUAUAAUGAAGUUUGGUCAAUUCAUGAAGACAGUGAAUCUUUGACACAUGGACCUAUCAGUAUUAAUGACGAUUAA